AUCUGAGAAACGACAUAAUGGUGACUUUCUCUUCUGCCAGAGGAUCUAGGGCUUCUUCGAUGCGGUUGCGAUAAUCUCUUCUGAUUCGUCGAUGAUUUCGAUCUAUGGAUUUGUAAACCGAUCGUCUUCUCUGUUGAUUUCUUCCUUGUUCGAUUACCCGGAGGUUUCGAGAAACUAGGGUUUCUCCAGGACUUGGUUGCGGGAUUUGGUUCAAUCUGCGGUGUUUUUGUCUUUUGAAAAAGUUCGUGGGUUUAAUGAAAUUGGACCUCUCGAAUCAAUUUUCUGGGAAAAAAAUUUAUCUUUUGAGCGAAUUGAUCUGUGAAAACUAUGAGGGCACUGCACAAAUCCAAAAGGGUAUCGUGGCCUCCAGAUUUUAAGCUUUGUCAGGUACGUCUGUUCCUAUCAGAGGAUUCACCUUCACAAGUUGGAUCAGGUGCCCAAGACCAUCUUCAAGCAAAAUCUCCAUUGCCUUCACAUCCAAGUGAUGAAAAUCUCCCACCCGGCUUUGGCGGAUCUCAUUCUGCAGACCAGUCACAAAUUAAUCUUUCAGACAUCCCCAUGGUACAGUGGAAAUGCUCUGUCCGGAUUUUGCUAGAUGCGGACUGGAGAGUGGUUGUGGGGGACGAGAGUGAAGAAGUGGAGGCCCAAAACCAGAGGGAAAUUAGGGUUCUUGAAGCAUUCUAUCCAUGUGCAUCUGCUAUUCCUCCAAACCCUUCAAUUUCAGAUGAUGUUGAGAACUCACAUUACGAUGAUCAGCUUACUACUAUUGUGCCCAUCUUACCCGUAGAAGACGAUGACGUAACAGUGGAUGCACCAUCUGAUUUCUCAGACCAAUUCAGUGUGGCUGUGGGAACACAGCAACCAUUGGAAACCAACGAGAAUGCUUCACCUGCUCCAACGCUUCCUACCGGGUCGGAAAUAAUGGCUGCAUUAUCUGAAAUUUCAAGAAUCAAAGAACAAGGCCACAUGAUUGACCAAGAUCUGCUUCUUAAAAUCUUAAGCAAUCCCAAGUUGGUUGAGAAUCUCGUUGCAAGUUGUGGCUCGGGUUCAGUCUCUUCAUCGAAUGAAGCCAAUGGAGUAGAACCCACGAUACCCGCUAACUCAAAUGAACGUGUUUACCUUCAUCCAAACGGAAUCGAUGUUGCCUCAGCUGGGUACCCACCAAAUCCACCGAACCAUCCCAAUUAUGGAGCUACACAAGCGAGAGAUCCGAGUUAUUACAAGAACUUGAUCCACCAACAUGGAGGGGAGAGACAAGAGCCACUGCCAGUUCAACAUUCUGCUUACGGUUACAACACCCACACCGGAGGGGGGAACCAUGAGAUGGUAAACAACAGUAACCCGAGGCCGAAACACAAGAUAAUGAAGCCUUGCAUUUACUUCAACAGUUCACGAGGUUGUCGCCAUGGAGCCAAUUGUGCUUACCAACAUGACACGGCUGCUUACCAGCCGAGAACUCAGAAUAACGGUAAUGGCAACCCAUAUGAGUCAAUCAACGCUAAAAGAAUGAGAUUCGACAGAAGCUGAGGCGGUUAAGCUUAAGCCAGAGAGCUGCUGAAGCAGCAGAGCAAUUUUCUCAAGUCUUUUUUUGCUUGUUCUCACUGCAAUAUCUUUGUUUUCUAUACCCUUUUGGAUUCUCUACUUCGUUAUUCAAAGAUCUAUCAAUGUAGAAUUCAUCAUCCA